AUGUUUACCUCAUCUUCGUUGCAACUCUCGGCGACGGCAUCUUCGGCUGCAGCGGUGUCUGCUGCUUCUAAGCUCAAGUCGAAUCUAUCUACAGUCACCAAGUUGCCAACGCUGAAGCGCACCGCUUCCAACAAUACAAACGUCGAGCACGAGGACAAAACUGAUGUGAAACGUCAUCACACAUGUGUUGAUCCGUCGUUGUUAAGCUCAAGUCCUGAGUUGUUCGUGAGCCGCGAAGAAGUGAAGGCAGCUCCUCGGCUGUUUCGUAUGUCAUCGCUUAAGAGCAUGACAGCUGACAAAGCGCGCUUGAAAUUUCCUUUGAAGCGCUCGUUAAACCCGUCCAGUGCUCAAAUCAAGCGUAGCUACAGUCAUAACAGCGACGCCAAUAGCAACAGCGACGCCAAUAGCAACAGCGACGCCAACAGUAACAGUGAAGACGAAGACGAAGCUAAAAGCAUGGAUGAGUUUGAGGCCCAAAAGUCGGCAGUCAACUCUGCCUCGCGUUUUGUAAAGGGGAUGCCCACAUUGCUGAGACGCGCGGUGUCGAAUAGUCAUAUACCGAGAACCUCAACUUUAUUCCAGAAGACAAAACUACACACUAGUUUGCAAGGAGAGUUCACGGACGAUGACCCCGAGUACGAUCGGAAUUCACUGCUCAUGAUGUUGCAGGUGCCACAAAGACGAAGGAACUCGCAAAUCCCAUUAAUGGCAGCAGGCGAGAUUUGGUGA